AUGCUUCUCUUCAUGACAGCAUUGACCGAGCGACUAUUCUGUUCACAUCUAUCUACUAUCUUACCACAGUCUGUUCGUUAUCUAUCUAUCUAUCUAUCUAUCUAUCUAUUUCAGUCUGUUCACAUCUAUCUACUAUCUUACCACAGUCUAUUCGUUAUCUAUCUAUCUAUCUAUCUAUCUAUCUAUCUAUCUAUCUAUCUAUCUAUCCCAAUCUGCUCUUUUCACAUUUCUACUAUCUUACCCAGGGUUAUCUAUCUAUCUAUCUAUAUUUUUCUAUUUCCCCUAUCUACUAUUUUCUCUUCAUUUAUCUAUCAGUCUAAAUUAUCAUCUAUCUAUCUAUAUUUGUCUGGUAAAUUAUCUUUGAAAAGUCUGUUGAAAUUUCUUUUCGAAAAUCGCUAUGACUAUCUAUCUAUUUCAGUUGAAAUAAAUUCUAUCUGGUUCUACAUUUAUCCAUAUUCACCUAUCUUUUUCUUCUGUCUUUAUCUACUAUCUUACCACAGUCUUUUCGUUAAGCAGGCGAACAAUAAUCGUACAAACUUCUUUUCUCUUGUUGAUUUAAAUAAUUCUUGA